UUAUUUAAUGGACAAUAUUUCGUUAUAAUAUGCUUGAAAAUAAUAUUUUCAGUUAGAAACGAUUCACAAUCGAGCCAUUAUGUUAUUUAUCGUCACUUAACUUAUAUUCGACAAUGAGUCAGGACGAAUUAUCUAGUUACAUUGAAUACGAAAAUUUCAUAAAAAUAAUUCUUUCUAUUCUCGGGUUAAAGACAUCAGCUACUGAUUCUAAUAGUAUCAUAAAUCGCUCUAUACUUCAUUUACAAAUGUCCAUGUCUUUGUUACCAAUGAUUGGUAUUUAUAAUUUUUUGAAAACUUAUAUUACUAAUGUGUUUUUCGUAACUAGAGGCUUGAGCAUAUUAGUGAGUUUUCUGACAAUAAUUAUAAAAGGGUUCUGUAUAAUUUUGAAUCGGCAAGAUGUUAAUGAACUCAAUGAAAUUUUGAGCUCACAAUAUCAUAAAUUUAUAUCAAAUCCAAAAAUGAAAACGACUAUUUUGAAACAAGUCACAACUUUUCGACGACUAUCCUACACAAUGACAAUAUUUGUCGCUAUUUCAUGUUUGUCUUACGUUGUUAUUCCACUUAUUACGAUGAUUAAUCAAUCAAUUAAUGGAAUAAAACCAAUAAAACAUAUAUUACCAUUUCCUGCAAUAUAUAGUUGGAAUAUUCCGCCAGAUAGUUAUCGUUUCAAACUUCAUUUUCUAAAUGAAUCGUUAACUGUUUUGAGUGUUAUUUGCAUAACUGUUGGUGUGGACAAUCUUUACACGCAUUCCGUUUUCCAAAUGAUUGGAUUUUUACGUGUUAUUGCGUACCGUAUGAUAAAUUUUAAUGAACAAAAUAAAGAAUCCAGUGAAAUAGUUGUACGUGAGUGUAUGAGUCAAUAUGAAACAUUAAUAAAUUGUCGUAAUAAACUUCAAAAAAUUUAUGGUCCAAUUAUCCUUUGGACAAUGGGAACAAACGCUAUUAUAUUAUGCGCCGUUAUUUUUCAGCUAAGCCAAAUGAAUUCUAUAUCAGUUAGUCGCAUUAUUUUAUUUACUACCUACGCAGGGGCUAAAUUUAGUCAAGUAUUUAUUUAUGCAUGGGCAAGUUCACUUUUAACUGCUGAGAGCGAUAAAUGUCGAGCAGCUAUUUAUGCUGCUAAUUGGGUUGGUAACAAGCGUUUUAUGCACUCGAUUAUUAUCAUGUUGUCACAGAAACCCUUGAUUUUAACAGCAUGUAAUUUUACAGUAGUGUCGAUGGAUGUAUUUAUGGGGGUUUUGAAUACUACAUUGUCUUACUUUUUAUUACUUAACACGUUUGCUGAAAAAACUUAAUUUUUAUAUCUAUACUCAAUAAUGUGUAGCUUAGCGAUUAGUAUUUACUUCAAUAGUAAAUUUUUCAAAAUGUGUGCAUGUGUGUUAACUAUUCAAAUAAUUCAUUCGAUAAUUGAAAGUCAAUUUUGUACUACAUAGAUUUUUUUAUAGUUAAGGAUUGAUUUGACGAGAUGAAAAUCAUAUAACUUGUGAUAAAGUACCACAUUAUUUUAGGGUAAGGAGAGACCAAGCAAAUUGAAACUGAAAUUUUUGU